AUGCCCAGCAUCUAUCAUACAACGCUCACGCAUUUUGUUUGCAGUAUGAUAGAACAACAACUGGGAAAAUGUAAGUCGGCUUACAUAUUCUAUCGGGUCCGAGAAGAGCGCAAAGAAUUCAUACGUGUAAUCAUCCCACAGCGGAGGGAGGGGGCAAUGGAACGACGCGUCGUUACUUCGUAUAUUCACUCCUGUCACUGCCACUAUGGUGAUGAAGAUAAUACUAAUGAUGCUGAUGAUGAUGACAACGAUUUGGAUGAUAAUGCCAAGGAGAAGGAGGAGGAGGAAUGUCUUUAG